AUGUUUAAUGAUGACAUUGCAAAUAUUGUGGGCGUAGGCCUACUUAUUGUCCCCGCCUUUUGUAAAUACAGACCUCCUCCCUUACUAUGUUAUAUUAAAGACCGUUGUGAACCCUACCAACAUUUGUUUUUCUUUCUGUGUUGGUUACGCUUCAUUUUGUGGACCAGAAUGACAAUCCAAAUCUUUACCAUCAAAUAUGAUGCGGAAAAUGGGCCAUAUGUAUUUUCAAGGGGAGAUACUAUCACAGGGAGAAUUAUUUUGGUAGUUUCAGCUGAAACAAAGAUUAAAUGUCUUUCUAUCAAGGCUAAAGGAAAAGCUCAUAUUUUGUGGGAGGAAGAUUAUGGAUUAUACCUGGAUGAAACAUACCACGUGCCAAAUAUGAAUAUUUUUUCAAUUGAGUACUUUAUGUUGGGAGAGACUACAUGGUCAACAUUGUUCAGUGUAUCUAAAUUCUAUUUCCAUUUCCCCAUACUCUCAGGCACCACUGUUCUAACUACAGGAAGACAUGUGUAUCCUUUCUCUUUCCAAAUACCUGACGAGGACAUGCCCUCUUCUUUCCAGGGUAAAUGUGGUCAAAUCCUUUACUCAUUAGAGGCUAAGUUGACCAGGUCAAUGAGGUUUGACACCAAAGCCAAGACUGAUUUCCCCUUUGUCUCAAAGGCAGACCGGUCUAUGAUCCCAUAUCUAAUGGUAAGGAACAGUAUUUGGCUAUAUUGUCACUACUACAGCACUUCCCACUCCGCUGCAUACAUACUGGACCUGAACCAGCAUAUACACAUCCAUCCUCAUUCAGGAGAGGCUCUGAACGUCAGGGCAAUUAUUGUCAGCAACUCAACUUGCCCAGUGACCCCAAAAUACUACCUGUACGAAAAGCAGUGUUUCUACGCCCAGAAGAAGAGGAAAGUCCACACCCACAACAUCUUGAAAAAGAAGGGCGAUCGGGUCCCUGCUGGCACUCGGCAGACGGUGACCCAAGUUUUGACCAUCCCUCCACAACUCCCUGCCACCAUCUUCAACUGUCCUAUACUCAAAUUAGAGUACCGAUUCUAAGCUACGGGACUGUUGUUGGCACAGAUUGGAAUAUGUUUCAGGAUUCAUCUGAAGGCAUUGAGGAGUUUACCACAUCAGUCAUCGGCUUCAUUAAUAAAUGAAUAUCUCCCCGUAGAAUUCACAGCAACAGGACCAAAUCCCCACCAUUUGCGUGAAGAGAAGACAAAGAAAAAGAGGAUGGAGGUCGGGCUGACUUCUGAGAAUUCAUAGGCGAUCUAAUAAAUCCCCACAGCCUUCCGUUCUACUAGCUAACAUGCAAUUAUUGGAAAAUAAAAUUUACAACUUACGAGGUAUAUUAAACUACCAACGGGACAUUAAAACCAUAAAAUCUUAUUGUGGCUGAACGACGACAUUAUCAACAUACAACUGGCUGGUUAUACGCUGUAUCGGCAGGAUAGAACAGCGCCGUCU